GUCUCUUACGUUAGAACAAAAAACAGUGUGAGUGAGUGUUUUGUUGUGCUGUCACCAUAACCCCUUCACCAUUCUCAUAGGAUACCAUAACCCCUUUUUUCCACUCUCUCUCUCUCUCUCUCUCUCUCUCUCUCUCUCUCUCUCUCCAUAAUUCUUCAUUCUUUGUCUGUGAUCCUACCUACAUUUCAGUCUCCAUCAACAGAAUUUGCUUAAGAAAUUAUGGAAACUAACUCAGUUUCCAAAUUUCUCUUUCUCUUCAUUUUCUUCACAUUAUGCUUAGUUGUUUACUCUAAUGUCACUUAUGACAGAAAAGCCAUUAUCAUCAAUGGCCAAAGAAGAAUCCUUUUUUCUGGUUCCAUACAUUAUCCUAGAAGUACCCCAGAUAUGUGGGAAGAUCUGAUUUUUAAGGCUAAAGAAGGAGGUUUAGAUGUAAUUGAAACUUAUGUCUUUUGGAAUGUUCACGAACCUUCUCCUGGAAAUUACAAUUUUGAAGGAAGAAAUGACCUAGUGAGGUUUAUUAAGACAGUACAGAAAGCAGGAUUAUAUGCUCAUCUUCGUAUUGGACCUUAUGUUUGUGCUGAAUGGAAUUUUGGAGGAUUUCCUGUUUGGCUCAAGUAUGUUCCAGGCAUAAGCUUUAGACAAGACAAUGAGCCUUUUAAGAAGGCAAUGCAAGGGUUUACCGAGAAGAUUGUGGGAAUGAUGAAGAGUGAACGUCUCUAUGAAUCACAGGGUGGCCCUAUCAUUCUCUCUCAGAUUGAGAACGAGUAUGGCGUGCAAAGUAAAAUGCUUGGACCUGUUGGCUAUAAUUAUAUGAGCUGGGCUGCAAAAAUGGCCGUUGAAAUGGGAACUGGGGUUCCAUGGGUUAUGUGCAAGGAAGACGAUGCUCCAGAUCCAGUGAUAAACACUUGCAAUGGCUUUUAUUGUGACAAAUUUGCUCCCAAUAAACCCUACAAGCCUACAAUGUGGACAGAGGCAUGGAGUGGCUGGUUUACAGAAUUCGGAGGUCCAACUCACAAAAGACCUGUUCAGGAUUUGGCAUUUGCAGUAGCUCGAUUCAUACAAAAAGGAGGAUCCUUUGUAAAUUACUACAUGUAUCACGGAGGAACCAAUUUUGGCCGCACAGCUGGAGGCCCUUUUAUCACUACCAGCUAUGACUAUGAUGCUCCACUAGAUGAAUAUGGUUUGAUUAGGCAACCAAAGUAUGGUCACCUUAAGGAGCUUCAUAAGGCUGUGAAGAUGUGUGAGCGAGCUUUAGUUUCAACUGAUGCGGUUGUUACCUCAUUAGGAAACUUCCAACAGGCCUAUGUAUACUCAACAGAAUCUGGGGAUUGCGCUGCUUUUCUCUCAAACUUUGACUCUAAAUCCUCUGCUAGAGUGUUGUUCAACAAUAUGCACUAUAACUUACCUCCUUGGUCCGUCAGCAUCCUCCCGGAUUGUAGAAAUGCUGUUUUUAACACGGCUAAGGUUGGAGUGCAAACAUCUCAGAUGCAAAUGUUGCCUACAAAUACUCACAUGUUCUCAUGGGAGAGUUUCGAUGAAGAUACUUCUUCUAGCUCUUCAAAUACAAUCACUGCUUCCGGUCUCUUGGAACAGAUAAACGUAACACGGGAUGCAAGUGAUUAUCUUUGGUAUAUAACUAGUGUUGAUGUAAAAUCAUCCGAAUCCUUUCUCCAUGGAGGCAAACACCCCAGUCUCAUUGUUCAGUCCACUGGCCAUGCUGUGCAUGUUUUUAUCAAUGGUCAACUUACUGGUUCUGCCUAUGGAACAAGGGAAGAUAGGAGAUUCAGAUAUACCGGUGAUGUAAAUCUUCGUGCUGGAACAAAUACUAUAGCUUUGCUCAGUGUUGCUGUUGGACUUCCAAAUGUAGGUGGACAUUUCGAGACUUGGAACACGGGAAUCCUAGGUCCAGUUGUUAUCCAUGGAUUUGAUCAGGGAAAGUUGGACUUGUCUUGGAAGAAAUGGACUUACCAGGUCGGACUUAAAGGAGAGGCCAUGAAUCUUGAAUCUCCAGAAGGUAUCUCUUCUGUAGAAUGGAUGCAGUCAGCGUUAGUUGUACAAAAGAAUCAGCCUUUGACAUGGCACAAGACUUUUUUCGAUGCUCCUGAAGGAGAAGAGCCAUUGGCAUUAGACAUGAACGGUAUGGGUAAAGGUCAAAUAUGGAUUAAUGGGAUAAGUAUUGGAAGAUACUGGACUGCUACAGCUACUGGAAGUUGCAAUGACUGCAGUUAUGCCGGGUCAUAUAGACCUCCAAAGUGCCAGCUUGGUUGUGGUGAACCAACUCAGCGAUGGUACCAUGUACCGCGAUCUUGGUUGAAGCCAAAUCAUAAUCUGUUAGUUGUUUUUGAGGAACUUGGGGGAGACCCUUCAAAAAUUUCAUUAGUAAAGAGAUCGGUUAGCAGUGUGUGUGCUGAUGUAUCAGAGUACCAUCCAAAUAUUAAGAAUUGGCACAUUGAUAGCUAUGGCAAAUCAGAAGAUUUUCAUCCUCCAAAAGUUCACUUGCAUUGCAAUCCUGGCCAAGCUAUUUCUUCCAUUAAAUUUGCAAGUUUUGGAACUCCUUUGGGAACCUGUGGAAAUUAUGAGCAAGGAGCUUGUCAUUCUUCUGCAUCUUAUGACAUCUUAGAGAAGAAAUGUAUAGGAAAGCCAAGAUGCAUAGUAACAGUAUCAAACAGUAACUUUGGGCACGACCCGUGUCCAAAUGUAUUGAAGCGGUUAUCAGUUGAAGCAGUUUGCACUCCAACUACUACCAAUUAAAGAUGAUUAGUUCACACGGCACCCUUUUUAAGUGUAAUUUGCAGCGACUUUUUUAGCAAGUAAAGUUGAAAGAAUAAAUAAGAGUAGAAUAGAUAGUGUCAUAGUAUUUUUUAGGGUAGUAAGUAGCUUUGUUCUUAUAUGUUGUGCCAAAGGCACAUGGUUUUUUUAUUUAUUUUAAGUAGUGUUGUUAUGUUAAUGUGAUCGAAUUUAAAAUUAGUCAUUGCUAGAUAGGUGAAUCUGAAAUCAAGGGUCUAAAAAUUGGACCCUUGUGAGUGUGAAUUUGGAGUCCAUAGUUCCAAGCCUAUAUGUUUUAGUUGGAUAUAGGCACUGGAAAGAAAGGCAAGUUCAUUGCUAUGAUGUGUUUUUGUUUGUCUUACUGGAGUAGAUUAAACUCCAGUUUAGGUUAAAGUUAGGAGUGGAUCCUAAUGUAACCAUGACAUUUGUUGGAAGUUCACUAUUAUUCUAUGCAUUUUGUUUCUUAUAUUCA